UCUGUCUGCACACCACCAUUGCCUGCUCAGUGACAGCAAGAUGGAACAACUCAAUUGCACUAACGACACUUACAACAACUCCCCCACUCUUCAGAAUCCAUCUCCUGUCUCCUGGGACAGCAGCAACCUGCUUCCUGUGGUGAUGCUGUGCAUCUGCUUCUUGCUGGGAGUUCCUGGAAACAUCGCCAUGAUCAUCCUCAGACCAAACUGGCAGCACCUGUGCAGACUGAGCCAGUGUCUGAUGAUGAAUUUGAACAUUUCAGACCUGCUCUGCCUGCUUACCGUGCCCCUCUGGAUUUAUACUUUACUUUACAGCUGGACCCUCGGCCUGGUGACCUGCAAGAUCCUUACGUAUGUGGUGUACUGCAGUAUUCAUGGUAGCAUGCUGACAGUCACAGCGCUGAGUGUCCAGCGCUGCCUGCAGGUGGUGUACCUGCAGCAGUGUCUGGAUCAGGUGGUAAAGAGGAAGAUGCUGAUUCUGCUGUGGCUCGUUGCAAUGACCCUGUCCAGCCCUGUUUUAGUGGUUCGACAGCUGACCAAAGAUAAGGACUGUAUAACUAAGUGUAAAGGUCACUACUCUUCCAACGCCCAGCAGAUGGCUGUGCUGCUGACAGAGUCCUUGAUGGGAUUUGGUUCGUUGUCUGUUGUGGCGUUUGCAUACAUCCACCUCCACAGAAAGGUGAACCAGGCAGCUUUCUUCAACAAUCGACAGACAACCCGACUGAUCACCAGCAUCGUUGUGGUCUUUUUUGUCCUAUGGAUUCCAUAUUAUACAAUUAAUGUGCUUGCUGUGGCAGCUGUUUCACUCGGAAAUGAAGGCCUGUUGAAGUUCUGUAAGGACAGCUGGGACAUUGUUAGAGCACUGACAUUUGUGCAUAGCUGCCUGAAUCCAUUCCUUUAUGCGUUUACUUCUCGAAACAUUUGCAUAACGUGUGCGUGCCAGAACUCUGAAUAUAAAUGCUGUUGGUAAUGCAAAAGCUCACAGUUCCAGCAAGUCUGUCAAAUCAUUUGUCAUAUGUUAAAUAAAAGCCACCAGAUAUCAGUGCAAAGUGCUCAAUGAUUAUGCUUAAAGACAUUAUUUUUGCUUUUGUGACUGUGUAAGAAACCUGAAAAAGGUGUUUCCAGUCACUCUGAAUCAUUUCCCCUGCUGAUACAGAGUUUGAGGGUGUGGUGCUUUUAUUUCUCACAGAGAGCUGCAGAUGACUUGUGGUUUAAUGAUGAAUUCUGAGGUUAAGCAAUCAGCGGGUCCUCAGCCAGAGCUGUAAAAAGAGAAGUUUGCUGAAAAUGAAUCAGACAAAAGGUCAAAAGAUCCAACUAUCUGGAAAUGUUAUAUUCUAUUGA